GCGAGGAGGCUGCGUCUCGCGAACGCGCUGGGAGCGCCCCGUGCCGGGAGCGCGCCUUGUAGAUGACAACAAAUUCGUCGUGCGGCGGCGGUGGAGGUGUCUACCUCAGCCCUUGCCUCCUGCCUCGCGCUGUCUUGCACCCGCUCUGUGGGCCGACGGUGACCCGGAAAGCCGCCGGGCYUGGGGCGACCGGCACUCCUCAGCGCCUGGUCCCCGCCGGGCCUAGCGCGAGCGGUGCGGCGCGGGUGAUGGGGUCGCCCUGAGGGACGGUGGCGCCGAGCGGGCAUGCAGGAGCCGUCCAGGGCUUAGACCCGCCGCGGCCUGGGCCCGCCGGCCGCGAUCCGAGGUGCCGCCGGCCUCGGAGCCGGAGCCUGGGCGCGAGGCCGSAGCCGCCGCCCGCAGCCCCCGCGGCCAGCUGCCAGCCCUCACCAUGCCGUGGCCGUUUUCGGAGUCCAUCAAGAAGAGGGCCUGUCGGUACCUCCUGCAGAGGUACCUGGGCCACUUCCUGCAGGAGAAGCUGAGCUUGGAGCAGCUCAGCCUGGACCUCUACCAGGGCACCGGCUCCCUCGCCCAGGUCCCCCUGGACAAAUGGUGUCUCAAUGAAAUCCUGGAGUCAGCAGAUGCACCUUUAGAARUCACCGAAGGAUUUAUUCAGUCGAUUUCUCUGUCAGUUCCGUGGGGCUCCUUGCUACAGGACAAUUGUGCACUGGAAGUAAAAGGGUUAGAAAUGGUCUUCCGACCUAGACCUCGUCUAGCAACUGGUUCUGAGCCUAUGUAUUGGUCAAGUUUCAUGACCAGCAGUAUGCAACUGGCAAAAGAAUGUCUUAGCCAAAAAUUAACAGAUGAACAAGGAGAAGGAUCCCAGCCUUUUGAAGGGCUUGAAAAAUUUGCAGAAACCAUCGAAACAGUACUAAGAAGAGUAAAAGUCACUUUUAUAGACACUGUUUUGAGAAUUGAACAUGUGCCAGAAAAUUCCAAAACUGGAACAGCCCUUGAAGUUCGAAUAGAAAGAACUGUAUACUGCGAUGAAACUGCUGAUGAAUCCUCAGGAAUUAAUGUACAUCAGCCCACAGCUUUUGCUCACAAGUUACUUCAGCUCUCUGGAGUGUCUCUCUUUUGGGAUGAGUUUUCUGCAUCAGCAAAAUCUUCCCCAGUGUGUUCGACUGCACCAGUGGAAAAUGAGCCAAAGCUGUCACCUAGCUGGAACCCCAAAAUUGUUUAUGAGCCGCACCCACAACUAACUAGAAAUUUACCAGAGAUAGCGCCCUCUGACCCAGUGCAGAUUGGUGGAUUAAUUGGUAGGUUGGAGUUGAGUCUCACGUUGAAACAGAAUGAAGUACUUCCUGGAGCUAAGUUGGAUGUUGAUGGACAGAUAGACUCUAUUCAUCUAUUCCUGUCACCAAGACAGGUACACUUGCUUUUGGAUAUGUUAGCAGCUAUUGCUGGACCAGAAAAUUCUAGCAAAAUAGGGUUAGCUAAUAAAGAUAGGAAAAACCGACCCAUGCAGCAGGAAGACGAGUAUCGAAUUCAGAUGGAAUUAAACCGGUAUUAUUUGAGAAAAGAUUCCCUUUCUGUGGGUGUGUCUUCAGAGCAAAGCUUUUAUGAGACAGAAACGGCUCGUACACCUUCUAGCCGUGAAGAAGAAGUUUUCUUCUCCAUGGCUGAUAUGGACAUGUCCCAUAGUCUCUCUUCUCUUCCACCCCUUGGGGAUCCCCCAAAUAUGGACCUGGAGUUAUCACUAACUAGUACAUACACUAAUACCCCAGCAGGAUCUCCAUUAAGUGCUACUGUGCUUCAGCCAACAUGGGGAGAGUUCCUUGAUCAUCAUAAAGAACAGCCAGUGAGGGGGUCAGCAUUUCCAUCCAACCUGGUUCACCAGACAUCUUUGCAGAAGGCUGCUCUCCCAUCUAGAUCUGUUUCAAUGGAUGAAUCCAGGCCUGAGCUUAUUUUUAGACUAGCUGUUGGAACUUUUUCAGUCUCUGUGCUUCACAUUGAUCCUUUAUCUCCACCUGAAACGUCAUUGAGCCUCAACCCAUUGACACCUAUGGCUAUAGCUUUCUUUACUUGUAUAGAAAAGAUUGAUCCAGCAAGAUUUUCAUGUGAUGAUUUUAAAUCUUUCCGAACAGUAUUUGCAGAAGCUUGCUCACAUGAUCACCUCAGAUUUAUAGGUACUGGCAUCAAAGUAGCCUAUGAACAAAGACAAAGAUCAGCUUCCCGGUAUUUUAGUACUGAUACAUCCAUUGGACAAAUGGAGCUUUUGGAGUGUCUGUUUCCAACCGACUGUCAUUCUGUUCCUCCUCACUACACAGAGCUUUUAACAUUUCAUUCUAAAGAAGGAACUGAUGCCCACCCCCCUGUGUGUCUUCAACUUCAUUAUAAGCAUUCUGAGAAUAGAGGACCCCAGGGCAAUCAAGCAAGACUUAGUUCAGUUCCUCAGAAGGCGGACUUACAAAUUAAAUUAAAUCCAGUAUGUUGUGAACUGGAUAUAAGUAUUGUGGACCGGUUAAAUUCCUUGCUUCAACCACAGAAACUUACUACAGUAGAGAUGAUGGCCUCUCACAUGUAUACUUCAUAUAAUAAGCAUAUCAGUCUGCACAAGGCUUUCACUGAAGUAUUUCUAGAUGAUUCACACAAUCCUGCAAAUUGUCGAGUAUCAGUUCAAGUUGCCACUCCAGCAUUAAAUCUUUCUGUUCGUUUCCCAAUACCUGAUCUUCGGUCAGAUCAAGAAAGAGGACCAUGGUUCAAGAAGUCACUUCAGAAGGAGAUCCUUCAUUUAGCAUUCACAGAUCUAGAAUUUAAGACGGAGUUUAUAGGAGGCUCAACCCCAGAACAAAUUAAAUUGGAACUUACCUUUAGAGAACUAGCUGGGUCAUUCCAGGAGGAGAAAGGGGAGCCAUCUGUUAAAUUUUUCCAUGUAUCUGGUGGAGUAGAUGGAGAUACAGCAUCGUCAGAUGACUUUGACUGGCCACGAAUGGUACUGAAAAUAAACCCACCAGCCAUGCAUUCCAUUUUGGAGAGAAUAGCAGCUGAAGAGGAGGAAGAAAACGGUCACUACCAGGAAGAGGAGGAAGGAGGUGCUCAUUCUCUGAAAGAUGUCUGUGACCUAAGGAGACCAGCCCCGUCUCCUUUUUCUUCUCGUAGAGUAAUGUUUGAAAAUGAACAGAUGGUGAUGCCAGGAGACCCUGUAGAAAUGGUGGAGUUUCAGGAUAAAGCAAUCAGCAAUUCUCACUAUGUGUUGGAACUAAUGUUACCGAAUAUUCAUGUAACAUUACCUAAUAAGAGCUUUUAUGAGAGACUUUAUAAUAGGAUCUUUAAUGACUUGCUACUGUGGGAGCCCACAGCUCCUUCACCAGUGGAGACAUUUGAAAAUAUUUCCUAUGGUAUUGGGCUUUCAGUAGCCAGUCAACUGAUUAACACCUUCAACAAAGAUAGUUUUAGUCCAUUUAAAUCUACAGUUCACUAUGAUGAAGAAAGUGGAUCUGAAGAAGAGACUUUGCMGUAUUUUUCUACUGUUGAUCCCAACUAUCGUUCUCGUAGGAAAAAAAAAUUAGACUCUCAGAACAAGAAUUCUCAGAGUUUUCUCUCAGUUCUUCUGAAUAUUAAUCAUGGAUUAAUGGCAGUGUUCACAGAUGUAAAGCAAGAUAAUGGAGACCUACUGGAAAACCAGCAUGGUGAAUUUUGGUUAGAGUUCAAUAAUGGAUCAUUAUUUUGUGUAACAAAAUAUGAAGGUUUUGAUGACAAGCACUACAUUUGCCUUCAUUCUAGCAGUUUCAGUCUGUACCACAAAGGCAUAGUAGAUGGAGCAGUUCUUCCUACAGAAACACGACUUCCCUGUUCAACGCGCCCUCAUUGGUUGGAGCCUACUAUUUAUUCUUCUGAAGAAGAUGGGCUCAGUAGAACUGCUUCAGAUGGUGUUGGAGGAGACAAUUUGAAUAUGCUCUCGGUUGCAGUUAAAAUAUUGUCUGAUAAAUCAGAGUCUAAUACAAAGGAAUUUCUCAUUGCUGUAGGACUAAAAGGAGCCACUCUGCAGCACAGAAUGCUUCCUUCUGGGCUUAGCUGGCAUGAGCAGAUUUUAUACUUCUUGAAUAUUGCUGAUGAACCUGUUUUGGGGUAUAAUCCUCCAACUUCAUUUACAACUUUUCAUGUUCACCUUUGGAGCUGUGCACUUGAUUACAGGCCCCUUUAUUUGCCAAUCCGAUCUCUUCUUACAGUUGAAACAUUCAGUAUUUCUAGUAGUGUUGCACUGGAUAAGUCGUCUUCUACUCUCAGAAUAAUCAUGGAUGAGGCUGCUUUACAUCUGUCUGACAAAUGUAACACUGUCACUGUAAAUUUGAGUAGAGAUUAUGUUCGUGUGAUGGAUAUGGGGCUUUUAGAAUUAACCAUAACUGCAGUGAAGUCUGAUUCUGACMGAGAGCAAACUGAGCCCCGCUUUGAGUUGCACUGUUCGAGUGAUGUUGUCCACAUCAGAACCUGCUCAGACUCCUGUGCUGCUUUGAUGAAUCUCAUUCAGUACAUUGCAAGCUAUGGUGACUUACAUGCACCUGGCAAGGCAGAAAGGAAGCCUGGAGGCCCUCAGAGAAAGUCCAAGGUAGGUUCCUCUGGUGGAUCAUCCUCACGUGGUCCUGUGCUUCCUGAAGCAGAUCAGCAGGUUUUACGGGAUCUGAUGAGUGAUGCUAUGGAGGAGGUCGACAUGCAGCAKACCUCUUCAUCAAUAAAGCCACAGGCUAAUGGUGUUUUGGAUGAAAAAUCUCAAAUUCAAGAACCAUGUUGUUCGGACCUUUUCCUGUUCCCAGAUGAGAGUGGAAAUGUGUCCCACGAGCCUGGCCCCACUUAUGCCUCAUUCACUCACCACUUGAUUAGCGAUGCAAUGUCAGGUGUGCCCACUGAAAACGAUGAUUUUUGCAUUCUUUUUGCACCAAAAGCAGCCAUCCAGGAGAAGGAAGAAGAGCCAGUCAUAAAAAUCAUGGUUGAUGAUGCAAUUGUGAUAAGAGACAACUAUUUUAGCCUACCUGUUAAGAAGACAGAUACCAGCAAAGCCCCAUUACACUUUCCCAUUCCUGUAAUUCGGUAUGUUGUUAAGGAAGUUUCUCUUGUGUGGCAUCUUUACGGAGGCAAGGAUUUUGGGACAGUUCCUCCUACUUCUCCAGCUAAAAGUUACAUUAGUCCUCACAGUUCUCCUUCUCACACACCCACAAGACAUGGACGGAAUACAGUAUGUGGAGGGAAAGGAAGAAACCCUGACUUUUUAAUGGAAAUACAGUUAAGCAAGGUGAAAUUUCAGCAUGAAGUCUACCCCACAUGCAAAGCAGAAUGCGAUUCUAGCCUCUUAGAACAGCCAGUCUCUCGGCAGGUGUUCAUUGUUCAGGAUCUUGAAAUUCGGGAUCGGCUGGCAACAUCACAAAUGAAUAAAUUUUUGUACUUGUAUUGCAGCAAAGAAAUGCCUCGAAAAGCUCAUUCCAACAUGUUGACAAUUAAAGCAUUACAUGUGCGCCCAGAGUCUGGCAGGUCACCACAGGAAUGCUGCUUGAGGGUAUCAUUGAUGCCACUUCGCCUCAAUAUUGACCAGGAUGCCUUGUUCUUCCUGAAGGAUUUCUUCACAAGUCUUUCUGCAGAAGUGGAGCUUCUACUGACUCCAGAUCCAGAAGUCAAAAAGUCUCCUGGAGCUGAUGUCACUUGCAGUUUGCCAAGGCAUUUGAGUAUUUCAAAGGAGCCAAAUCUAGUUCUUUCUUUCCCUGGGCCAAAACUUUCCCAAAACGAGAGUGCCAGUGCAGCAGAGGCAGUUAAUGGAGCAGAGGAAAAGGACUUCUCAGCCGAAGAAGCGUCAUUUAGUGAUCAGCCUGUGUUUUUUAGAGAAUUCAGAUUCACAUCAGAAGUUCCUAUUCGACUUGAUUAUCAUGGCAAACAUGUAUCAAUGGAUCAGGGUACGUUAGCUGGGAUUCUAAUUGGUUUGGCCCAGUUAAACUGCUCAGAGCUAAAGCUGAAGAGGCUUUUCUAUCGGCAUGGUUUGCUAGGUGUUGAUAAGUUAUUUUCAUAUGCAAUCACUGAAUGGCUCAAUGACAUUAAGAAGAACCAGCUACCAGGAAUCCUGGGAGGCGUUGGACCUAUGCAUUCACUGGUCCAGUUAGUGCAAGGCCUCAAGGACUUAGUGUGGCUACCCAUAGAGCAGUACCGGAAGGAUGGCCGCAUUGUCCGAGGGUUCCAGAGAGGCGCCGCUUCCUUUGGCACUUCAACAGCAAUGGCAGCUCUGGAGCUCACAAACAGAAUGGUCCAAACCAUACAGGCAGCAGCAGAGACUGCUUAUGACAUGGUGUCUCCUGGUACUCUUUCUAUUGAGCCCAAGAAGGUCAGAAGGUUUCCUCAUCACCGAUUAGCUCACCAGCCAGUAGACCUGAGGGAAGGUGUGGCCAAGGCCUACAGUGUCGUCAAAGAGGGAAUCACAGACACCGCUCAGACCAUUUAUGAAACAGCAGCUCGAGAACAUGAGAGCAGAGGGGUUACCGGUGCCGUGGGUGAAGUCCUGCGCCAGAUUCCCCCAGCAGUGGUGAAACCUCUGAUUGUUGCCACCGAAGCGACAUCAAACGUGUUGGGUGGCAUGAGAAACCAAAUUAGACCAGAUGUUCGGCAAGACGAAUCACAGAAAUGGCGCCAUGGGGAGGACUGGCAUUUCCAACGAGACUCCUUGUGAGGAGAGUAAGGGUGGAAUAAGGAGCAUAGAGCCUCAGUGGCAGCUUCAGAGGGAACUCAUUUAUUUUAUCGUGCUCAUCUCAGGAACAAAAGCAUUUUUUUUUUAGUUAAAUAAUUUAACGUCAAAACAACAUGCAACCAAAAAUUCUGAUAUUUAGGACUAGUUUGGUAUUUGCCUAUAGAAGCGUUUGGUGGCUGGUGUCAAAGAUUGUUAAAGCAUUUGCUGCCAAGUUAGUGUAUUGCUUACUUUUAUUAAAAUGACUAUAAUUCUCCUUGUUGUAGACAGGAUUUCAUUGGAAACCUUCUUUUACAGCAUAGAGUGCUCAAAAAGCAUUGGAGCAUUCUAAAGCACUAUUUAUGUAGCUCUAUUUAUGUAGUUAAUUUUUCUCAAGGUUUAGAAAGAAACACAGCUUCAAAACUUUGGUUGAGAAUGAGAGAAGCCCAGGGGACGCAAAGCAAAUAGUGCUUUUAAUAUGAUACCAGUGUGAAAACACAAGUCACCCUGCUGGGUUAGGUGUUCCCCACACUUGAGGUGUCAAAGCAGCAUUCGUCCCAUUUACUCGGAAGAGCCUUCU